CUCAGACGCGUCCUCACAUGGGACACAAACAAAACCGGUCCGAAACAAGAAUCUGACGCCAAUAAUCAGACACAUUUAUUGUAGUAUCUUGACGAACAGCAGGAUCCUGGAGUUUGUUGGGAUUUUCGUUUUUGUUUGGAAUAUUUUUUAACUAUUCUCAAUGGCUUCGUUGUUGUCUUGCUCCUCCAUUUUUGUGUUGCUCCUUCUGUUUUUCACUGUCGCCGUGGAGACAAGACCUUCACCUCAGCAAGAUGACAGACAGGUGUUGGACUUUCUCUUCGGCUCCCAUCUGUCUUCUCUCAUCCUGGCUCCGCCCACCUUAGAUGACAUCACAGAGGGCUCAGCUGGACGUCCCACGCCCUCAUCCUCACCACCUGUCUGGGGAUUGCCUGUGUAUCGCGGUUCUGCAACGGGACUGGCUGUCAGCAGACAGGAGGCGGUCCCUCGGUUUUUCCUUGAUUUCCUGCAGCGGCAGGCCAAGAUAAAGCGACGCAGCAGGAAGUCGAUGAUGGGAGGAAGAGGGUGCUUCGGGAUGAAGAUGGAUCGUAUUGGAUCCAUUAGUGGAUUGGGCUGUUAGAAAUCUAUUACUAUGGCGUAUAGUAACCAUGCACAACCUUUUAAUACACCUGUGUGAUGUCACUGCAAGUGAUAUCUAGAUGACCCCACGUGACCACUGGUCCAUCGGUCAGCCUCCAUGUUGGAAAGAUUACUAAUACCGGACUAAACGGGCUAUGAGCAUAUGAGUACUAAGUAGUGAAUGUCAGUAUUGGUCCAGUUCCUUUAUACAGCUUUUAAACGCAGGUAGACGUCAGUCCUACUGGUGACCUUUGACCUCUGGCUGGAAGGCAGACAGAAGCAUGAGUGUGAUCGAUGAGUGAGUUUGUGACGACUGCAGAUUAACUGCACAAUGAAAUAAAUGUGAUAAAACCUGCACUUGAA